UAUAUAUGCUAUAGCAAAGGAAAAAAAAGAAGAUUUAUCAACAAAGUGUUUGCCCUGCAAAUUUCGAAAGGAAAAUCGGAUUACAUCCAGCCGCGCGCAAUGCCUCCGAAACGGAAAGCGGCCACCACGGACGAGGAGGACAACGACAACUACCGCCAGAAGCGUGACCGGAACAAUGAGGCGGUCAAACGUAGCCGGGUCAAGUCCAAGCAGCGGACGCAGGAAACGCAAGAGAAGGUCAACGAGCUACGUAUAAAGAACAAGGUCCUGGAGGACAAAAUCAGCAACCAGGAGAAGGAGCUCAAGUUUCUGAAGGAACUGUUUGUAACGCAGGCGCAGGCCAAAUCGGACAAACUGGUCGGGGUGGACAUUGCGACGCUGCUGAAGAGCUCCGACGAGGACGGGGAUUCGGACUCGGAGGAGGAAAAGCGAGCAAAGAAGAAAAAGAAAAAGGACCAGAAGGCUGGGAGCAGUAGUAGCCGGAAGGCGGGCACUUCCAGUCGGAGUUGAGGCAUUUGGAUGUAAGUUUCGGGUGAUUUAAUCUCUUUUUGUUUGACUUUAUAUCAAGAUGGAUAUAUAUUUUAAUUUUUAAGUUAGAUUUA